CGCGUCCCGCGGUCUGCUGGGAGCCGGCGGGAGCCGAGCUGGAGCAGCAGGCAGAGCAGUGGGGGGUCGCCGCCCGCAGCCUCGUGCGGACUGGGGGCCGGACUCGCAGAUUACGUUUCCCCUCCCCCUGGAGCUGGAGCGGCGGCGGCCAGACACCAGCUUGGCUGAGCGGCUCGCGGAGGAGCUGGGCGAUGGGGAGGCUGCAGGGGCGGUGGGGCCCGGAGCCCUCGCGCCGGCCCGCGCGGGGAGCGGCCCCGGGCGUUUGCUAGCGCGUGAGCGGAGGCGGGGCCCGGGCGGGGAGCGCGGCUCGGGAAGCUGCUGCCUCGGGCCCUGCCCGCCUGCCUCCGCCGCGGCUGGUGGCGAUGGAGCUGGCGGCCACCAGACCCCGAGCGACAUCGCGCCCACGACUCCCGGCACCCAUGCCCUGGCUGCUGUUGCUGCUGCUGCUUCUGCUUCUGCUGCCGCUGCCGGGCCCAGCGGCCUCCCAGCUGCGCUACUCGGUGCCGGAGGAGCAGGCGCCCGGAGCGCUCGUGGGCAACGUGGCCCGCGCGCUGGGGCUGGAGCUGCGGCGCCUGGGGCCAGGCUGCCUGCGCAUCAGCCAUCUGGGCUCGCCCAGCCCGCGCUACCUGGAGAUGGACCUGACGAGCGGAGCGCUCUUCGUCAACGAGCGCAUUGACCGCGAGGCGCUGUGCGAGCAGCGGCCCCGCUGCCUGCUCAGCUUGGAGGUGCUGGCGCACAGUCCGGUGGCUGUGAGCGCAGUGGAGGUGGAGGUCCUGGACAUCAACGACAACUCGCCGCGCUUCCCGCGGCCUGACUACCAGCUUCAGGUCAGCGAGUCGGUGGCGCCAGGGGCGCGUUUUCACAUAGAGAGCGCGCAGGACCCGGACGUGGGCGUCAACUCAGUGCAGAGCUACCAGCUCAGCCCCAGUGAGCACUUCGAGCUGGACCUUAAGCCCCUACAGGAGAAUAGUAAGGUUCUGGAGCUGGUGCUGCGGAAGGGACUGGACCGCGAGCAGGCGGUCUGGCACCAUCUGGUCCUCACGGCUGUGGACGGGGGCAGCCCGGCCCGCUCCGGCACAGCGCAGAUCUCUGUGCAAGUCCUGGACACGAACGACAAUUCUCCCGCCUUCGACCAGUCCACUUACCGCGUCCAGCUGCGGGAGGAUGCGCCCCCUGGCACCCUGGUGGUAAAGCUGAACGCCUCUGACCCGGAUGAGGGCUCCAAUGGCGAGCUCAGGUACUCCUUGAGUAGCUACACGUCUGACCGGGAGAGGCAGCUCUUCAGCAUCGACGCCAGCACCGGGGAAGUGCGGGUCAGUGGAGCCCUGGAUUACGAGGAGGCUUCUUCCUAUCAGAUCUAUGUGCAGGCCACUGACCAGGGUCCAGUGCCCAUGGUGGGUCACUGCGAGGUUCUGGUGGACAUUGUGGACGUGAACGACAAUGCACCAGAGGUGGUGCUCAGGGACCUGUACAGCCCAGUGCCUGAGGAUGCUGCACCCAACACCCUAGUGGCUCUUCUCAGUGUCAGUGACCAAGACUCAGGCUCCAACCAGAGAGUGAGCCUGGGUCUGGAAGUCACAUUGCCUUUCCGCCUGAACGGCAUUGGAAACUCCUACACUCUAAUGGUGAGUGGCCCUCUGGACAGGGAGCGUGUAGCUGCCUAUAACAUCACAGUGACAGCCACUGAUGGUGGAGUGCCACAGCUCACAUCCCAGCGGACACUGCAGGUUGUGAUCUCUGACAUCAACGACAACCCACCAGGCUUCCUGCAGGACUACUACUCUAUCUAUGUCCAGGAGAACAAUCUGCCAGGGGUGUUGCUCUGCACCGUGCAAGCCACAGACCCAGAUGAGAAGGAGAACGCAGAGGUGACUUACUCCCUCCUGGAGAAGGAGGUUCAAGGGCUACCAGUCACCUCCUAUGUCUCCAUCGACAGUGCCAGUGGCAGCCUUUAUGCUGUCAACUCAUUUGACUAUGAGAAGUUCAGGGAGUUCUAUGUGAUCGUGGAGGCCCGGGACAAGGGGAACCCACCAUUGAGCAGCACUGUGACCACCAAUGUGUAUGUGGUGGACAUGAAUGACCAUGCCCCUCAUAUCCUGUACCCUACCUCAACCAACUCCUCAGCAGCCUUUGAGAUGGUGCCUCGAAGUGCCCCUGCUGGCUACCUGGUCACCAAAGUUAUAGCCAUGGACUCAGACUCUGGGCAGAAUGCUUGGCUCUUUUACCAUCUGGUCCAGACUUCUGACCUGGACCUCUUUAAAGUAGAGCUACAUACAGGAGAAAUUAGGACUACCAGGAAAGUGGGAGAUGAGAGUGGAACCACUUUUAACUUGACUGUGUUGGUUCGAGAUAAUGGAGAGCCAUCACUCUCAUCCUCUGUGGCCAUUACAAUUGCUGUGGUGGACAGGGUUUCCAGAAUCCUUCCUGAUACUCAGAGACAUGUGAAGAACUCUCGGACAUACUCUGAAAUCACGCUUUAUUUAAUCAUAGCAUUAAGCACAGUGUCUUUUAUAUUUCUUUUGACAAUCAUUGUCCUGAGCAUCAUUAAGUGCUACCACUACACUGCAUAUGGUACUGCGUGCUGUGGAGGCUUCUGUGGAGUGAGGGAGCGGUGCCCUGCAGAACUGUACAAGCAGGCCAAUAACAACAUUGAUGCUAGGAUUCCACAUGGCCUCAAAGUACAGCCUCACUUCAUUGAAGUGCGAGGGAAUGGCUCCCUCACAAAGACUUACUGCUAUAAGGCCUGUCUGACAGCAGGCUCAGGGAGUGACACUUUCAUGUUUUACAACACAGGGGCGCAGACAGGACCAGGACCAGGACCUGGACCUGGGGGAGCCCAGGCAUCAGCCAGGGACAGCAGGCACCUCACAGGUCAAAGUGGACAGAGUGCUGGGAACCUGAUUAUUCUAAAAAAUGAGUCUGUUUCUCAGAAUGAGCCACGACAGCCCAACCCUGACUGGCGUUACUCUGCCUCCCUCAGAGCAGGAAUGCACAGCUCUGUGCACCUGGAAGAGGCUGGUGUUUUACGGGCUGGGCCAGGGGGGCCUGAUCAGCAGUGGCCAACAGUAUCCAGUGCGACACCAGAACCAGAGGCAGGAGAGGUGUCCCCUCCAGUAGGUGCUGGUGUCAACAGCAACAGCUGGACCUUUAAAUACGGACCAGGCAACCCCAGGCAAUCUGGUCCCGGUGAGUUGCCAGACAAAUUCAUUAUCCCAGGAUCUCCUGCAAUCAUCUCCAUCCGGCAGGAGCCUGCUAACAGCCAAAUUGACAAAAGUGACUUCAUAACCUUCGGCAAAAAGGAAGAGACCAAGAAGAAGAAGAAAAAGAAGAAGGGUAACAAGGCCCAGGAGAAAAAAGAGAAAGGGAACAGCACGACUGACAACAGUGACCAGUGAGGUCAUCUAAUGGAAACAAGCCACUUAGCCAGUUUUUGUAAUAAUGGCAAAUCUCUCCCAUGUAGCAACUCCCUAUCCUCUCUCUUGUCCACUUAAGCCCUCUCCUCUUAGAGACCUCAGAAAUCUGCAGAAAGUUCCCUGUGUCUGUCUGAUCACAUUUAACAGAUUUUGUCUUGAAAAGCUUUAUUAAGUCUGGUGUUAACUCUUUCUCUCCACUCUGGCUUGUUUUCAGAACCUAAAAAGCAGACCCAAGUUUCCUUUCUCCUCCGUCGCAAAGGAGAGGCUUCCCAGCCCCGCCAGUGAGAGGUUGGACUCUCUGCCCAGUGCUCCCAGGAUCCUGUCUUGAUGAUACUUGCAGGGCAGGCUGAAAGUUUUUGAGAUUGAGCAGCUUGGGUGUGUGUGGCCACUGGGUAUGUGUGGCUACUGGGGUAUGUGUGUACCAGAUAUUUAGACUAGUUGGGUCAAGUAGGGUUGGGAAAAGCAGGUGAAAAAUGGUGGUGGUGGUGGAAGGAAGGUGAAAUGAAAAGGGACCAGACUUUCUAGCUCUUACAACUCAAGAGGUGGUGACCAUCCUCUAGCAGACAAAGCUAUCCUCAGUGACAAGACUUUCUUGUGUUGGUUGUGUUGUUAAUAUCUACAACAUGCAUUAUACCAACAAGCCAAGAUAAUAGUGUUUAAGGGGAGCCAGUUAGGGCCACAGAAGCAGAUCUGAUGUGUUUCUUCUAUAUGUUCUUGUGCUCACUUUAUUAAACAUUCUUUUGCACACAAUGUUUAUGAAAAGGCCAGGUCCUUUUCCAGUAACACAUAUGCAAAAGCAAAAGAAAACCCCAACACCUCACUUUAUGCUAUUUGUUAUUUUAUAGAUUUAAGAAAAAAAUCUAUUAACUAUUAAUCUUUAAAGAAAAAUAAGAUGAAUACAAUUCCCCUAAACUCUCCUCAGAAAAAGAAUCCAGUCUACAGCCAUUGAAAUGACCAUUGCUGCUACAGAAGUGCUUUAAGAGAAUUGCCUAAGACAUCUGUAUUAUAUGGGCCACCUGCCAAUCACAGCUUUACUCUUUCAGGUCACUCUGGGGCUGCCUCUUGCAUGUACUAAUUAAUGAAAGGAUCUUUCUCAUUCUUUUCUAAGAAGCAGUUAUGUGCACUUUGAAUACACAGUCUUCUCAAGUCAACUAUAUCAAACCCAGAAAUUAAAGAAACAUAUUGUUUUCUCAUACAUACAGUGAGCAGACUUUUCAGUACUCUAAUUCUGUGAUUUGUCUGGGUGUGCUAGCCUACACCUUCUCUCUGGUUUACUUCUCCUUUUCUCUAACACUCUGAAUUGCUAAUCUUGCUAACACCUAUGAUGUUACCUGAAACCAAUCUCCCAUAUGUAUGCUGUAUGCUAUUAUAAGACUCCUGAAAUAUACUUAUUCUGUGCUUGUGUAUGUGAAUGUUAAUGCAACUAUUACCUAGAGUGAACUUUAAGCUUUAUUGUCGAAUGUAAUUCCAUUAUGAUUCCUUUUUGUACACCUGUGGAAAAAGUGAAGUAGUGUUUUUUUUAGCCAUUGUUAAUCAGCUUUUGUGUAUGAAAGAUACAGUAAAAUUUCUUUCUUAAAUCAA